UAAUUCUUAUUCUUUACGCGCUACAAAAUAAGCAACAAUGGCAAAACCGUAAAAAUGAGUAGUCAAAGGGGUAUUUGGUUUUAGAAAGAGAUGAGGAUAAAAAUGAGGUUAAGCGUUUUUAUUAUUCCCCUGGUGGAAAGUAGGCAAGCAAGUGGUAUCAUCAACAAACAAAGCACUUCUCUUUUGAUUCGAUUCUCUCUUUACCUUGAAGCUUCAAUAUCAACCAAAUCUUUUUUCUCAAAAUCUCAAAGAAUCUCUCAAACUCAGUCUCCUAUCUGUCUCUCUGCAAACUAUUACCAACCAGAUAAUUUAGAUAUGGAAGCUACUCAGAAACAUAUGAUUCAAGAAGGAUCUUCAAUGUUUUACCAUCAACCAUCUUCAGUCAAACAAAUGGACCUUUCUGUUCAGACAUUUGAUUCUUACUGCACACUUGAAUCCUCUUCAGGCACCAAGUCUCAUCCUUGUCUUAACAACAAAAACAACUCUUCUUCAACCACAAGCUUUUCCUCUAAUGAAAGUCCCAUUUCUCAAGCCAACAACAACAACUUAUCAAGGUUUAACAAUCAUUCCCCUGAAGAAAACAAUAACUCUCCCUUGAGCGGUUCUUCAGCGACAAACACCAACGAGACAGAGCUUAGUCUCAUGCUUAAAGAUUUGGAGACUGCAAUGAUGGAGCCUGAUGUAGACAACAGCUAUAACAAUCAAGGCGGGUUUGGACAGCAGCAUGGAGUUGUUUCUUCAGCUAUGUAUAGAUCUAUGGAGAUGAUCUCUAGGGGAGAUUUAAAAGGAGUGCUCUAUGAAUGCGCAAAAGCUGUUGAAAACUAUGAUUUGGAAAUGACUGAUUGGUUGAUCUCUCAGUUACAGCAAAUGGUUUCUGUUUCUGGUGAGCCUGUUCAGCGCUUAGGAGCUUAUAUGCUUGAAGGUCUCGUUGCUAGGUUAGCUUCUUCGGGUAGCUCCAUCUAUAAAGCAUUGAGAUGCAAAGACCCAACGGGUCCUGAGCUUCUUACUUAUAUGCAUAUCUUGUAUGAAGCCUGCCCUUAUUUCAAAUUCGGUUAUGAAUCUGCUAAUGGAGCUAUAGCUGAAGCUGUGAAGAACGAAAGUUUUGUGCACAUUAUCGAUUUCCAGAUUUCUCAAGGUGGUCAAUGGGUGAGUUUGAUCCGUGCUCUUGGUGCUAGACCUGGUGGACCUCCGAACGUUAGGAUAACGGGAAUUGAUGAUCCGAGAUCAUCGUUUGCUCGUCAAGGAGGACUUGAGUUAGUUGGACAAAGACUUGGGAAGCUAGCUGAAAUGUGCGGUGUUCCGUUUGAGUUCCAUGGAGCUGCUUUAUGCUGCACGGAAGUCGAAAUCGAGAAGCUAGGAGUUAGAAAUGGAGAAGCGCUCGCGGUUAACUUCCCGCUUGUUCUUCACCACAUGCCUGAUGAGAGUGUAACUGUGGAGAAUCACAGAGAUAGAUUGUUGAGAUUGGUCAAACACUUGUCACCAAACGUUGUGACUCUGGUUGAGCAAGAAGCGAAUACAAACACUGCGCCGUUUCUUCCCCGGUUUGUCGAGACAAUGAACCAUUACUUGGCAGUUUUCGAAUCAAUAGAUGUGAAACUCGCUAGAGAUCACAAGGAAAGGAUCAAUGUUGAGCAGCAUUGUUUGGCUAGAGAGGUUGUGAAUCUUAUAGCUUGUGAAGGUGUUGAAAGAGAAGAGAGGCACGAGCCACUAGGGAAAUGGAGGUCUCGGUUUCACAUGGCGGGAUUUAAACCGUAUCCUUUGAGCUCGUAUGUGAACGCAACAAUCAAAGGAUUGCUUGAGAGUUAUUCAGAGAAGUAUACACUUGAAGAAAGAGAUGGAGCAUUGUAUUUAGGAUGGAAGAAUCAACCUCUUAUCACUUCUUGUGCUUGGAGGUAACUAAUAAAAACCUUGUUCGGUUUCAGAAGAGAUUAGAAACUUCUUUUAAAGUUUGCAGAAUCUGUUUGUAAAAGUAAAACUCAUGCAUGAUCCGAAGGAACAAGUUGUCAAAUGUUGUAGUAGUAAGUGAUAUGUUGAUGACCCCAUAUAUGUUUAAGGUUUAUGUUUUUUUUUUUCUUUUCUCACAACAAACUAUGAUUUGACAUCAAACUUAUAACUCUCUGUUUAUGAUGUGAUAAAUUAAUGAUAUAUGGUUUUUUCUUGUCGUUUGUAUUACGCACAAGGUUAGGAAAAUUUGCAGAUUUUUUUGAAGCAAUAUCAUUAAGUUAAUGUAG